AUGUCUGCCUUGGCUCUUACAGACGCGAGGGCAUUUGCGGCGUCGUUGGAUGCAGAAAUCCGCUCUCUCUCCAACUUGGGGUACAAAGUCUUAGACACACCGGAGCACAGCCUAUCUCUGCUUCUCGAGCAGUAUGAGGCGUUCGUAUUUGACAUCGACGGGGUGCUGCUUUGGGGGUCGGCAGCGCUGGCGGCCGUCGGGGACGCCGUACAGCAGCUGAGGCGUCAAGAAAAAAGGCUCGUGUUUCUCACGAACACUGCUGCGAAAAGCAGAAGAAGCUGCGCAGAGGGGCUGCGUAGGGCCGGCAUCGAGGUUUACGAAGAAGAGGUGAUUACCAUGGCGUAUGCAGCGGCAGUGUUCGUUAGAGAGGCGCAUCCGGAGGCUUCCGUGGCCUUUGGCAUAGGAGAGGCUGCAAUGAAGGAGGAGUUUGCUGCUUCGGGCAUCCUGUUGCUGUAUGCGAAGCCCCAAGGGGAGCCAGAGCGGCAACACGUACAGCAGUUGGAGGGGCCGUUGCUCACUGCAGACACUGUUGAGCACUCCUCGACUGCGAAAAAAUGCAAUGGGUGUAGCGGCAUGCAAGAGCAACAGGAAAUUGCAGCCGCGGCGGGCGGUGCCAUAAUCGAGGACUGCCUAGAUCCCCGAGUGAGUGCCGUUGUUGUUGGAUGGGACAGGGCUUUCGACUAUCACAAAAUGGCACUUGCCUGCCUGUAUCUUCAGCAAAAAAAGCCUUCCUUGCAGCAGCACGCAGAACGGCAGGGGCAUCUCAAAGAGGAGAGAGACGCAGAACUGGGGAAUCUGCCUUUUGUGGCAACCAACCGUGAUGCGUACAACCGGAUCAAUGGGCUGCGUCACCCCGCAAACGGUGCUCAGUUAGCGGCUAUCGAGGCCGUAGUGGGGCGGCAAGCACACAGCCGCGUGGGCAAACUGCCCAUGCAGCACAGGAGACACCGAGUACAGUUCACGGACUUUGUUGUCACUCUUAAGGUUCAAGGAACGCCAUUGGCCUCUUUCCCAGACCUGAGAUGGUUCAAUUCGAAUAUUUGGACGCCCGCUAAUGUUGAUACCACUGCCGACGCACUCAACUAUGGCAUUAUACCCACUUAG